CGCCCUUGGGAGGUGAUCGGACAUGAGCGGGAAUGGCGGGAGCAAGGCCCUGGAGCUGCUGCGGUCGCUGCCCAGGGUCAGUCUGGCCAACCUAAGGCCCAGCCCAGGCUCCAAAAAGCGGGAGAGAAGACGUGGCCGUGGAAGAUAUGGAGGUAGGAAGUGUGGUCGAGGUCACAAAGGAGAAAGACAAAGAGGAAAUCGCCCCCGAUUAGGCUUUGAGGGUGGUCAAACUCCAUUUUACCUGGCCAUACCAAAAUAUGGGUUUAAUGAGGGACAUAGCCUCAGACGUCAGUAUCAACCGCUGAGUCUUCAGAGGCUGCAGUACCUGAUUGAUUUGGGUAGAGUUGACCCCACGCAACCAAUUGACUUAACACAGCUCACUAAUGCCAGAGGUGUAACAGUGCAACCUCUCAAAAGGGAUUAUGGUGUCCAGCUGGUGGAGGAGGGUGCUGAUAUCUUUUCUGCAAAAGUAAAUAUUGAAGUGCAGAGGGCGUCUGAAUUAGCAAUUGCAACCAUAGAAAAAAAUGGAGGUGUUGUAACAACAUCGUUCUAUGAUCCAAGGAGUUUGGAAAUUUUGUGUAAGCCAGUAGUAUUUUUUCUGCGUGGUCAGCCCAUUCCAAAGCGAAUGCUUCCACCCGAAGAUCUAGUCCGUUACUACACGGAUGCCAGGAAUCGUGGGUACCUGGCAGAUCCAUCUAAGGUUGCAGAAGCCAGGCUUGAACUUGCCAAGAAAUAUGGUUAUGUCUUACCAGACAUAACUAAGGAUGAACUCUUCAAAAUGUUAAGCGCACGCAAGGAUCCGAGACAGAUAUUUUUUGGUCUUGCUCCAGGAUGGAUCGUAAACAUGGCAGACAAGAAAAUUCUCAAGCCAACUGAUGAGAGGCUGUUAAAAUACUAUAGCUCAUGAAUCCAGGACUGGAGACAACUGCAGGUGUACAGGAAACAUCUGGGUAUGAAAUAAUGGAUACAAAGUGGUGUUUGUUUUUUUUAAGACUCCUGUUAUACUAGACAAAACAUAAAUUUUUGUUUAUGUAAUCUUCUGGUGUAGCUCUCAACUUUUUAUUGUCAUAAUACAGCGUAUGAAAAGUAUUAACAUUUGGAAACAAUGUGGAGUCUGACAUAAAGUGUGUGUUCAGACACUUUCUCUU